AUGAAGGUGGUUGCGUUAGUCAGUGGCGGCAAGGAUAGCUGCUAUGCUAUGAUGAAAUGUGUCCAAUACGGUCACGAGAUUGUUGCGUUGGCGAAUUUGUUGCCGGCUGAUGAUUCAAUCGACGAACUCGAUAGCUACAUGUAUCAAACUUUUGGGCACCAGAUGGUUGUUAGCUAUGCAAAAUGCAUGGGAGUGCCGUUAUUCCGAAGGCGAAUCCAAGGAUCCACAAG